AUGACUGUCAGGCAUCUCGUGCACCAGAUGACACCCUCAACUAGCGGAUCGACCUUGUCCAUGCGCAGAGGCCAUGUGCACACCAUCAUCUCAACGACCACUUCUUGCUCCUUUCCGUGUUUCAGCAAUGGAGGCAGGCUCGGGCUGGUUUUAGCUCGUGCCAUGUUUAGCCGGGGCCGCCAGCAAGGGCAAGCGCAGCCGAGAGAUCCUCCGCUGACAUCUCACUCACAACUCCACGACCAUCACACCAUCGCUACGCCUAGUACAGCAUCAUCAUCACCGAUAUCAUAUCGCAGAGACAACGACCAGCGCGAAGAGGACUACUCAAGCCGUGACGAGGCAGAUGAUGAGCUUUCGUCCUUCUCCUCCACCCUGUCCCAGGAGGUGAUCUGGACAAUGGGUCCCGUCGACGAAGAUGCAGGAUCCAUCGAGCCAUCGUAUCCCGGCGAAGAUACUAGGCCGACCUCCUACAAGGAAUUGUUAGGCUUCUACACCUACUCGUUUGCAGCGGAAGUCUUCGUGGUCUGUGGGCUUGGAGCUUUCAUCCCCAUCACACUUGAGGAUCUGGCCAGGGCGAGUGCGACUGCAGUGUUGGCCCAUGACCAUACAAAAUCUUGCAGGCCUCACGGUAUCGAAAGCUCACUCGAUCCAACAGCAAGCCUCUUCGCACGACUCGAUGGCAACGAAACAAGGAAAGGCGCCCAAUGCGUCUUCCGCGUGCUGGGCAUGGAAGUCAACACUGCUUCAUUUGCAAUGUACACCUUCUCCCUGAGCGUUCUGAUUCAGGCUCUGGUCGUCGUCACGAUGUCUGGUGCCGCGGACCACGGCCGAUACCGAAAAUCUUUGAUGAUCGGCUUUGCUGUGGUAGGAGCGGUGGCAACCAUGCUGUUCCUCCCUGUCACUCCUGCAGUGUAUUUGCUCGGCAGUCUCUGGGCAAUCAUUGGCAAUGUUUGUUUUGGUGCAAGCUUUGUGCUGCUGAACUCCUUUCUGCCUUUGUUGGUGAGGUGGCACCCUUCAGUCAGGCCGCAGGCAGAAGCACAACAAUGGGCGGAGAGUGCAGGACCAGCAGAUGACAACGAGUACGAGCAUGCAGAAGACGACCAGACGGAGGACCCAUCUUUACUUCAGAUGAUCGACUCAAGAACUUUGUUGUUACCGACAGAUGGUGAGACCACGCCUUACCCGCCCUCACACGCUGCAGCAUCCUCAGACAUGCAGCUAUCGACCAAGAUAUCUUCCUACGGCGUUGGCAUUGGGUACAUGGCUGCCGUCAUCGUGCAGGUCCUUUCCGUUUUCCUCCUGAAGUCGACUGGAGGUGAUCUGUUCUCCCUUCGACUUGUACUCUUCGUCAUCGGAGGCUGGUGGCUCUCGUUCACGAUACCUGCAGCCUUCAUGCUUCGACCACGACCAGGACCUCCGCUCUCAACUGGCAAGGCUCGUAGCUGGAUCGGCUAUUUGACGUACUCCUGGAGAAACCUUGGUAAGACGAUCAUCCGUGCUCGCCGUCUACAGGAUGUGCUCCUGUUCCUUGGAGCAUGGUUUAUGAUCAGCGACGCAGUGGCGACUGUCUCCGGUACCGCCAUUCUUUUCGCGAAGACCACUCUUGGCAUGGAGUCCUCGGCACUGGCAAUGAUCAACGUGAUAGUCACCAUAUCUGGUAUUUUUGGUGCUUUCACCUGGUCGAAGGUGUCCCGCGCCUUGGAGCUCAAGCCAUCGCAGACUAUCCUAACUUGUAUCUGCUUGUUUGAGCUCAUUCCUCUAUACGGGCUCCUCGGCUAUAUACCCGCCAUCCGGCGAUAUGGCUCUUUCGGCCUUCAGCAGCAAUGGGAGAUGUACCCUCUCGGCGCUGUCUACGGCCUGGUCCUCGGCGGACUCAGCUCGUACUGUCGAUCUCUGUACGGCGAGCUCAUUCCUCCUGGCAGUGAGGCGGCUUUCUACGCUCUGUACGCCAUCACCGACAAAGGCAGCAGCAUCUUUGGGCCUGCCAUUGUAGGCGCCAUCACUGAUGCGACUGGCGACAUUCGUCCUGCUUUCUGGUUUCUGGCAGUACUAAUCGGCCUGCCAAUACCACUAAUGUUCUUGGUCAAUGUGGAAAGAGGCAAGCGGGAGGGAGCGAAGCUGGCGCGAGAAACAGCACCUGAAGACCUCGACCUACACGACUCGACAUUCCUCGAGGCUGAGACUCGGGGCGAUGUGCCUACAAGCACUGGCUAUGAGGACAGAGCCCAAUUAUAA